AAGGUUAAAAAAAAAAAAAAAAAGACACGAAUUAUUCACGUCAUGGGGAGGAGAUCAGACUCUAGUGCAGAAUCAAGCGGAGCAAUUCUAUUUGAUCUGAUCUGCUCUUCUCUUAUCUCUGUUUGAUGGUUUGAGCUUCUUCGAGUGCUAUAGAGUUCAAAGCCUUAGCUAAGCUCGCCAUCGUCAAGUGGCCGCUGCUGGAAGCCUGGAAGUUUCUUGCUUUCGUCUCCCUCACAUGUAUCACCACCGUUCUUCAUUGGCAAUUAAAAAGUGAACUUCAUCUGCGGAUGGUCUUUAAUUUUUUCGGGCUACGACUUACGACAUUGUUUAACAGAAGAGGGUAUCGUCAAUGGAUCAAUACGGUCUCUCUGGUUUAGUGCUGUACUCUUGAUCGAUACAAUUUACGGCAGGCGGUAUAGCCAUAAUUGCAGUUUCUCUUACGUGACAUCUGCAUUGAAGCUGAGCGGUGGUGUUGAUUUCGAGGCGAUGGAAUCAUUGGCUGUAGCUGGUGGUUUAAGGGACACAUCAGUUAUAGUUGUUACAUUGGAUACUGAUGAAGUGUAUAUCAUUGUCAGCCUGUCCACUAGACCUGACACACAAGUUAUAUAUGUGGAUCCAACAACUGGUGCCCUGUGCUACAAUGGGAAGUCGGGGCUUGAUGUCUUCAAAUCUGAGAAUGCAGCUUUGGAUUUUAUCACGAAUGGAUCACGUUGGUUAUGUAGAAGUAGAAUCUAUGCCAGGGCGAUCCUAGGUUAUGCUGCCUUGGGAAACUUUGGAUUGCUUCUGGUUGCUACAAGAUUAACUGCGAGCAUCCCAAAUUUGCCUGGUGGAGGUUGCGUGUAUACUGUUUCUGAAAGCCAAUGGAUCAAAAUAUCACUUCAAAAUUCUCAACCCCAAGGUAAAGGAGAGGUGAAAAACAUCCAAGAAUUAACUGAGCUUGAGAUUGAUGGGAAGCAUUACUUUUGUGACUCAAGAGAUAUAACUCGGCCUUUUCCAAGUCGCUUUCCGCUGUACAAGCCUGAUGAUGAAUUUGUUUGGAAUGGGUGGUUUUCAACACCUUUUAGGAACAUUGGACUGCCACAGCAUUGUGUCACUCUCCUGCAGGGGUUUGCGGAAUGCCGGAGUUUUGGAAGCUCUGGUCAACUCGAAGGUAUUGUUGCAUUGAUAGCUCGUCGAAGCAGACUGCAUCCUGGUACUCGUUACUUGGCAAGAGGGCUGAAUUCAUGUUUUAGUACAGGAAAUGAGGUGGAAUGUGAGCAGCUUGUAUGGGUUCCUAAACGGGCAGGUCAGAGUGUACCUUUUAACACAUAUGUCUGGCGAAGAGGAACAAUUCCUAUCUGGUGGGGUGCAGAGCUAAAACUGACCGCUGCAGAAGCUGAAAUUUAUGUUUCAAAUUGUGAUCCUUACCGAGGAACGGUGCAGUACUAUCAAAGAUUGAGCAAGAGAUAUGAUACUCGGAACCUACAUAUAGCUGCUAGUGAGAAUCCCAGGCGAAAGGCUUUGGUUCCCAUUGUAUGCAUUAACUUGCUUCGCUAUGGGGAAGGAAAGUCAGAAUCCAUUUUGGUUCAGCAUUUCGAGGAGUCUGUAAACUAUGUUAGAUCAACUGGAAAACUUCCUUAUACACGGGUUCAUUUGAUAAAUUAUGACUGGCAUGCUAGUAUAAAAUUAAAAGGUGAACAGCUGACAAUUGAAGGGUUAUGGAAACUUUUGAAAGCACCUACUGUAUCUAUUGGAAUUUCUGAAGGGGAUUAUUUGCCUUCUCGACAACGAAUUGACGAUUGCAGAGGUGAAGUCAUCUGCAAUGACAAUUUUGAUGGGGCAUUCUGUUUGAGAACACAUCAAAAUGGGGUAAUUCGUUUUAACUGUGCUGAUUCCUUGGAUAGGACCAAUGCUGCUAGUUUUUUUGGUUGUCUCCAAGUCUUUAUGGAGCAAUGUAGACGACUUGGAAUCUUACUAGAUAGUGAUCUGGCAUUUGGUUAUCAGUCAAUGAAUAAUUAUGGUGGAUAUACUUCUCCUCUGCCUCCUGGCUGGGAAAAGCGUUCUGAUGCUGUUACUGGAAAGACAUAUUAUAUUGACCAUAAUACUAGAACCACGACAUGGAUGCAUCCAUGCCCUGAUAAGCCUUGGAAGAGAUUUGACAUGACGUUUGAGGAUUUCAAGAGAUCAACAAUUCUGUCUCCAGUGUCUCAAUUAGCUGAUCUUUUCCUGCUUGCUGGGGAUAUUCACGCAACUAUUUAUACUGGGUCUAAAGCAAUGCACAGCCAAAUUCUUAGCAUAUUUAAUGAAGAUACAGGAAAGUUUAAACAGUUUUCUGCAGCACAGAAUAUGAAAAUCACUUUGCAGAGAAGAUAUAAGAAUGCUGUUGUGGAUAGUUCUCGUCAAAAGCAAUUAGAAAUGUUUCUUGGAACGAGGCUUUUCAAGCAUCUUCCAUCAAUUUCACUUCAACCUUUGCAUGUACCCUCUCGACCAUCUGGUUUCCUUCUCAAGCCUGUUGCAAACUUAUUUCCCAGUUCUGGAGGUGAAGCUAGUCUUUUGAGCUUCAAGAGCAAAGAUCUGGUCUGGAUUUGCACACAGCCUGCUGAUGUUGUUGAAGUUUUUAUCUAUCUUGGUGAGCCUUGCCAUGUUUGUCAGCUUCUUCUUACAAUAUCCCAUGGUGCAGAUGAUUCAACAUUUCCAUCAACUCUUGAUGUAAGGACAGGGCGUUAUUUGGAUGGGCUUAACCUAGUCCUCGAGGGUGCUUCUAUUCCACAGUGUGCAAAUGGGACAAAUAUAGUAAUACCCCUACCUGGGGCAAUUAGUGCAGAAGAUAUGGCUAUAACUGGGGCAGGUUCUCGCUUAAGUGCUCAAGAAAUGUUGUCCUUGUCACUGUAUGAUUUUGAGGAAGUUGAAGGAGAGCUAGACUUCCUAACUCGUGUAGUGGCGCUUACCUUUUAUCCUGCUGUUUCAGGAAGGAGUAACUUGACUCUUGGUGAGAUUGAGAUCCUUGGAGUUACACUUCCUUGGAGGGGCAUGCUUACUGAUGAAGGCCCUGGUAGAAGAUUAGUUGAGCAUGUCAAGAAGUUUCAAAAGGAGAGCAAUCCCUUUUUAUCAGGCUCAGAUAGGAAUCCAUAUAAUUCUUCAUCCCCGAAAAAGUUGUCACAACCUGUGCAAAGAAGCACUUCUGCAGAUCCUUUCAUUGACCUUCUGACUGGGGAGGACCCACUUGCACACCCACUAGCUCAACCUGGUACUGAAAAUGUUGUCCAUAAUGAAAGCGAUGCACUUGAUUUCUUGGAUCAAGCAGUUGUUGAAUAUCAGAGUGUGAAAAGUGAUAACAACAUCUCUGCAGUUAAAGAUGCAAGUUCAGAUCCCGGUGCUGAGCAAUAUCUAAGUUGCCUGAAAUCUCUUACAGGACCGAGUUUGGGGAGAAAACUAAACUUCAUAGAAGCCAUGAAACUUGAAAUUGAACGCAUGCAGCUGAACAUUUCUGCUGCUGAAAGGGAUAGAGCCCUACUGUCUGUUGGGUUGGAUCCUGCAACAAUAAAUCCAAAUACACUACUUGAUGAAGCAUACAUGGGAAGAUUAUCUAGAGCUGCAAACACUCUUGCGCUACUUGGAGAAGCUUCACUCGAAGAUAAGCUAAUUGCUUCUAUUGGUCUGGAAAGUAUUGAUGAUCAUGCUAUAGAUUUUUGGAAUAUUACCAGAAUUGGGGAAUCCUGUUUAGGUGGCAAGUGUGAGGUGCGCACUGAAUGUAAAAAAACCGAUGUUAUGUCAUCUGGUGGACAUUCAGAACCGACGUUCCUGUGUUCUCAAUGUGAAAGAAUGGUUUGCAGAGUUUGCUGCGCUGGGAGAGGGGCACUCCUGCUUGCUGGGCAUAAUUCACCAGAGAUCAUAAAUUUUAAUAACGCAUCCAGCCAGGGCGGAUCAAACUAUGGCUGCCAAGUUGACGUCCCUCUCAAUCGUGUAUUAACACUUGAUGGUACAAUUUGUAAACGAUGCUGCCAGGGUAUUGUGCUUGAUGCACUGAUGUUGGACUAUGUUAGGGUUUUGAUUAGCUUGCGAAGAGGUGCUCGUGUGGAAAAGGCAGCUUACAAUGCUUUGAAGCAAAUUAUUGGAUCAUCACCUUCAGAUUGUCUUUUGGGAAAAAAUCAGUCCAUGGACAACCAGUUUUGUGGUGAGGCCAUAAAGCAGUUGCUCGAUGGACAUGAAUCCCUUGCUGAAUUUCCAUUUGCUAGCUUUUUACACCCGGUUGAAACAGCAAUAGAUUCUGCACCUUCAUUGUCAUUGCUUGCGCCAUUUGAUUUUGGUUCUCAAUAUUGGAAAGCACCACCUAGUGCCUCGUCUGUUGAAUUUGCGAUUGUUCUUGGUGACCUUUCUGAUGUUAAUGGGGUUAUAUUAAUUGUCAGUCCAUGUGGCUACUCCUUGGUUGAUCCUCCAAUUGUGCAAAUCUGGGCAAGUAAUAAAAUACACAAGGAGGAAAGAUCGUUUAUGGGGAAAUGGGAUGUCCACUCUCUGAUCAAGAAUUCCGCAGCAUUUAGUGGGAUAGAAAAGUCAGGAAGAGAACAUAAAGUGCCUAGACAUAUAACUUUUGCUUUCAAAAAGUCAGUUCGUUGUCGAAUAAUUUGGAUAACAUUCAGCCUUCAGCAACCCGGCUCAAGUUCAUGUAAUCUUGAAAAUGAAAUUAAUCUGUUGGCUCUAGAGGAGAACCCCUUUGCCAAAGUAACUCGACGAGCCUCUUUUGGAGGAUUUGAUGGAAGUGAACCUUGCCUUCAUGCCAAGACGAUUUUAGUAGUUGGAAGCCCUGUUAGGAAGGAAUUUGAUAUUCAGUCACAGCAAAGCACUGAUCAGUUGAACCUGAGGACAUGGUUAGAGAGAUCUCCACAAUUAAAUAGAUUCAAGGUUCCAGUUGAGGCUGAGAGGUUAUUGCACAAUGAUCGUUUAGAGCUGUAUCUGUCCCCUGUUUCGCCCUUGCUUGCUGGAUUUCGCCUUGAUGCUUAUAAUGUAAUAAAGCCACGGGUUACUCAUUCACCCACUUCAAAUUCAUGGCCAAAAUUUCUGGCCCUUGUGGAUGAUAGAUACAUCUCCCCAGCUGUGUUGCAUAUACAAGUAUCUGUUCUCCAGGAUUACCAUGGUAUGGUAACCAUCGCUGAGUACCGGUUACCAGAGGCCAGGGCUGGAACACCAAUGUACUUCGAUUUCCCUAGUCACAUACAAACUCGCAGAAUUUUAUUCAAACUUGUUGGAGAUGUUGCCGCUUUUACAGAUGACCCCUCCGAACAAGAUGAUUUUGGUACUAGUUCUCCAUUGGCAGCAGGACUAUCUCUGGCCAAUAGAAUUAAAUUAUAUUACUGGGAUCCAUAUGAGCUCGGGAAAUGGGCUAGCCUCUCGGCAGUUUGAUUCCUAUGCAGCGUAGUUUUUGCUCGAAAUUAAUUGCUCGUGCAGCCAUAUUCACAAUUUGUUGUAUUAAUGAAUGUAGUUAUAUUUACUUAUGAAAUGUCGUGUUGGAAAAAUUAAUUGCUUUAUGCGUUGUCAA